GCUCCAAAUCAGACCAGAGAAUUGGAAGAGCGUAUUAUGGAGCUACAUAAGACUUACCGGGGCAUGACACCUGGAGAGGCAGAGAUUCACUUCCUGGAGAAUGCCAAGAAACUUUCAAUGUAUGGAGUUGACUUGCAUCAUGCUAAGGAUUCAGAAGGCAUUGACAUCAUGCUGGGUGUUUGUGCCAAUGGCCUUCUCAUAUAUAGGGACAGGCUAAGAAUAAACCGUUUUGCCUGGCCUAAGAUUCUCAAGAUUUCAUACAAAAGAAGUAACUUCUACAUCAAAAUUCGACCUGGUGAGUAUGAGCAGUUUGAGAGUACCAUUGGUUUCAAGCUGCCCAACCAUCGCUCAGCUAAGAGACUCUGGAAGGUUUGCAUUGAACAUCACACUUUUUUCAGGUUCCCCAAGGAAUGGACAAUGUCAAAAGAAAGACGUCUGACCACAGUGGACUCGGAGGAGGUUUUCCGAAGGAUCAUUACCCGAGAAUUCUCCCGACCAGCUUCAGUGAGUGAGAAUCACGAUGGAGCAGAGUCAGACAAGAGAGAAGAUGAUAGGUAUAGGGGGAGGACGAGAUCUGAAGAUGAAGAGGUGACUACUCCAACAAAAAUCAAGGAGUUAAAGUUUUUAGACAAACCGGAAGAUGUUUUGCUAAAGCACCAGGCCAGCAUUAAUGAGUUGAAACGGACCCUGAAGGAACCCAAUAGCAAGCUUGUGCACAGAGACCGGGAUAGAAGGCUGCCUUCCUCACCUGCUUCUUCUUCACCCAAACAUGAAGAUGAGACGCCAAAAGGGACCCCUGAGAAGGCCAAUGAGAAAGCGGGAUUGAGGGAGGGCACAGAGGAGAAAUCUAAGCUGCCUCGGCACAGGGCUCCUGAAAGUGAUACCGGGGAUGAAGACCAGGACCAGGAGAGAGACUCGGUCUUCCUGAAAGACAACCAUUUGGCCAUCGAGCGCAAGUGCUCCAGCAUUACUGUCAGCUCGACUUCCAGCCUCGAGGCUGAGGUGGACUUCACUAUCAUUGGUGACUACCAAAGUGCAGCCUUUGAAGAUUUCUCACGGAGCCUCCCUGAGCUUGAUAAGGAAAAGAGUGAGGGAGAAGCAGAAGGUCAGAUUUCUACUGAGGAAUCUGACAGACCAGCUCCCAAGGAAGAUGGUGAUGCAAUGGAUGAAGAUAAGGUUUAUCGUGUAAGCCCAGAAGAGUCCUUCAAUCUGAAAUCAGAAAUUGUGAAAAAAGUGGAAACAGACACCUCUGUGCAACACAGAAUUGGUACAACAGAAAUUACACAGGUUGAUGGUACCACUACUGAUGGAAAAGAGGCAGUAACCACUUCCCACAUUGGCAGUGCAGAAACUAUAUAUACAACCUCAGAUCAUAGUACCAAACCUACAAAAGGCACUGCAGACCUUCGCUCCAUUUCUCCAAUUGCUAGUGGUGCUGUUGGCAAAGAAGCCUUCACCAGCCUUUUCGGUGCCACUGCAGAAACCCUCUCCACCUCCACAACUACCCAUGUUACCAAGACUGUGAAAGGAGGAUUUUCUGAAACCAGAAUAGAAAAGCGAAUCAUCAUAACGGGGGAUGAAGAUGUGGAUCAAGACCAAGCUUUGGCUUUAGCCAUCAAAGAGGCAAAAUUGCAGCAUCCUGAUAUGCUGGUAACCAAAGCUGUAGUAUAUAGAGAAACAGACCCUUCUCCAGAAGAAAAGGACAAGAAACCUCAGGAAUCUUGACCUUUGUGUUUCUAGAAGUUGGCAUCUAUUUUAACUUUGAAGUAAAGAAGGGGCCUUUAUGCUGGAUUCCUCACUGAGACAUAGAACGUCCUGGCUACAAGAAUAAUGUUGAGAGACAAAAUAUUAAAAAAAAAGGAAUAGCAAAUAUAUUAUAUAUUAUAUAUACAGGAAACAAAAUGCAUCCUUGCACUGCUGCUAUAUGCUGGAGAUGAAUAAAACAGCAACAUCAGCAACAAGAAAAACCAACCACCUCUUCAAAUAAAUUGAAGAAUUGACUGAACUGAUCUAAAAAAAAAUCAUGAUGGUAAUAAUAUUAAUAAUACAAUAAACCACCAUUGUGCAUGUUACAUUUAAAGAACACAUAAUUCAUUUGUUGCACACUGAAUGGAAAAGCAAACAUGCUUUGCAACAAAGCAAGAAAUCAACUAGUGAAACAAGCAGAAUUACAAAAUGAUUCCCUGAUAGGAAAGAGUUAAAAUCCAUUCACUUGUAUAAUUUCUGUUUAUUAUUUUCUAAUUUGGGAUGUGCAGUGAUCAUCCUUUAUUUUCAUGCCAUGCUACUAUGUUGCUUCAUCAUUGGAUUCUUUUAUUUUCCCCAACUGGUCCUUCCUUUUUUAAAUGUUUCCUCUUCUCAUCUAAUGUCUUGUUCUGCUGAAGAUAAUUAUGACUUUAUUUCACUUAAAGCAAAGGAAAAUGAUAUGUAUAUGAUUUCUCACCGAACAAAAUGCAGCCUGUAGAGAUUUCAUAUUGAUGUGCUUUUAAGUUAUGGAUAUUAUAUAUAACUGGGGAGGGCGGGGAAUGAUAUUAAAACAAACAGUGCUAAGUGUGACAAUGAAUUUUCACAUUAUUAUUAUUUGAUUGAUAAUGGUUAAUGUAUUACAAGACUUUUAGAUUAUGCCAGUAUCCCAUGAAAGUAAGAAUAGGAAAAAAAGAAGGAAUUUUGAGGAAGUUGUCUCUCACUUGAGUUUGGUGACAAUUAUGAUUGUCACAGGUUAAGACACAUACAACAAUAUGAAAGGAGUCAAAGACAACAAAAUGGAUCAGUGUUACUCCAGCCCAGUUAGAAUGCCUCAAAUGUGCCAAUUAAGGAUGUCUCUUCAUCCUCCAGGUUUAGGAGGAGCAUAGGGUCACCACACAGAAUGAGGUCAAAUUGCUUCAUUGUUCAAGGCCUUUAUUUAGCUGUCUUUCAGAGCAAAGUGUUUAUCUAGGGCAAAGUUGUUAUUGUAUUUGCCAUGCCAGUUUUUCAAAAUUUGAAAGUUUGGUUCCAAACCUAUUGAUUACCUGGCUCCAGUUUCUGAUCCAUGAAUGUGAGAACUUGCCAAAGAGGCUGCCCUGUCCUACUCUCAUGCGGUUUCAUUUUGUCCGAUUUAAACUUUGGAGACUAUAUCUAUCAGGGAGAAGCAUUCUGAAAGAGCGCCUCUGCCUUCUUUAAGUAUAAUGAUUCUAUAUCAGAACAGGAUUUAUUCAUGGAGAAGCCACCCAUGGGUUUAUUGAAGAUGCAUUCCUCUGCCACAGUAAGCUGUGAAGCUUAGAGAAUCAAACUACUAAAAGCAGAUACUGCUUGGGAAAAAGAAUACUAUUAAAUAAAACUGCUCUGCCAUUAAUGAAACCUAGACAUUGUCCUUUACCACUUUUCAUUACCUCAAGAAUAAUUAAAGCAGAAAGAAAAGAGACAAAUCUAAAUGAAGCAGUUUAUACUGUUCCUUCUACAUAUUGUGAAUUAGAUAAUGACAUCUCUUAUCUCUAAUUGGAAAUAUAAAUAAAAAUGGGAAAUGGUAAUAAUCAUUGGAGUAAUGUGAAUGUAUCUUAUAUCAUAAAUUGUUUGCCAUUGUAGGAGACACUGGGCCAUUGGCUGUUAGUAUGGCUCCUUAAAAUUGGAUCUGUUUCUGGCAUGUAGGAAUGUCCUAAUUAAACACUGAAAGCAUAGCUAUAAACUUUAUGCUGUAAGAGUCAUUUCUAAUUUUUACGUAUCCAAGUGAUUUUCUCCUUUAGAUUUUUGAGGAUUUUUGGUUUCCUUUUAUUCUUCUGGAAUAUGUGAUGCCCUAAAACCAAAACCUCAAAAAAUGUAGAAGCUCAUAAAAUAUGUACAAAACAAAAAUCUUGUUCUUCUGAUUUCAAAAACCGAACAAAAAUCUUGGUGGCAUUAUCAUGUUUUUUUCCUCAAUUUUACAAAAAAAGUAUUCUCCCCCCCUCAAACUUAAUUUCAUUUUUAAUUUCGAAACAAAGCUCAGAAAUUAGGUAUAUACAUAUAAAGUACAUUCUGUUGCUUCUUCUAUAUGAAUUGGUAUACGUGAGACUGCCACUAUAACCUGUGGAAACUAAUUGCUUCAAAACCCAUUUAUAGAAGACCAGAAUCUUAACUCUUGUCAGGUACAGUAAAGGGAAUCUAAGAUAGAUGUGGAUUCCUCCCAUGGCAUGACUGAUGGGUAGCCAUUAACAAAAACUAGUUUUUUGUUUACCUAGCAAGAUGUGGCUUAUAUAUAGAUAUCUAUAUUAAUAUAUAUAUAAUAUUUAUUAUUUGUGGUAAAAUUGAAGCCAUGCAUACUCUUAAGAUCAUGGUUUCUUCCACCUUUUGCUGCCAUCUGAUAUAGUUGGUCAAUCUUUGCUUUCUUUGGGUGAGGGGGUCUUUCCAUUGAAAGGGACGGUCAAUGCAACUGCUUGUCUGCAACAAAUCCCGCAACUUGAUUCUAAAACUGGCCUGCAACUGCAUGAAUUAAAAAGAUUCAUAGUUAUUUUUUAAUUUGAAAAGCACCUUAACCAACUGAAAUGCUGUCAUUCCUUCAUUAUUUCUUCUGUCCUUCUGACCCCUCCACCCAUUUCAAUUUUUGUCCCAUCCUUUUCGGUCAUAUCCUCUUUCAGUGCUUGGUGAUGUAUGCGUGUGUGCUCACUGUUCUUGUAUUCAAUAAAAGUGAAAUAAA